UAUAACAUCUCCAUCUAACUUUCAGUGGGCAGAAGAUCCCAGUUUUUCUUUCUCCAUAUUCCUCUCCAACUACUAGGAAUAAUAUAUUUUUCUUAUCUUUUCCCAAAGAAAUUAGAUUGAUACUUUUGAAGUUUGAUUUCCAUGGCAACCACGUCUACCUUGUGACAACAUGAGCUAGCUCUAUUUAACAAGAGGAGAUGAUGAGGAUAUAUAUAUCCAGAAUCCAUAGGAAAUAAUUAAAAUGGAUUCUAUGAAGUUAUGGGGAGAGGCUUUAGCUGCAGCAACAGGAUUUAUGUUACUAAUCGGACUGCUCUGUUGCUGCCUUAGCUGCAAGAUGAGUUGUCAUGGUAACAAAACCAAAGGUAGCAGUGGCUUCAGUACUUGUGAUGGUGGCUUUGGAGGAGAAAUAUGCGCAAAGUUAAACUUCAAGGGGAGGAAUGUGCAAUUUAUUCAAAAGAAGAUUAAAAGCGAAGAGACGUAUAAUAAAGCAAGGCCACGUUGGACUGUCUCCCAAGAGCCAGACUGCACCACUAUCAAAAUGAGUACAAAGCUUCGCCAUUACUGUGGGUCAAUUGGGGUCAUGGUUUCUGCUUCUGGUUUCUCUAAUUACACUGCUUUCUGCUAUUUGAUUGCAUCAAUGGGACUUCAAGUAUUGUGGAGUUUUGGGCUUGCAUGUCUAGACAUCUAUGCUUUGAGGAUAAAAAGAGACCUUCAAAAUCCCGUCUUGGUUACUGCAACCCUAUCACUUGCAGCUGCGUGCUCGUCAGCAGGGAUUGCUGUUUUGUAUUCAAAAGAUUUAAACUUCUGUAGUAGUCCACCUCAUCUUCCAUGUGGUAGAUUUGAGCUCUCUGUGGUGUUAGCGUUCAUAACCUGGUUUCUUAUCGCCAUUUCUUCCCACGUGAUGUUUUGGAUUCUAGCUGCCGUUUAAUGAUGUGAGAACGUUUCUCUCUGCUCAGAAGAUUGCUUCUGAAAUGACUUUCAAGGACCCGUCACAUCUAUAUCUAAUUUCCACUAAGUUGUAGCCUUAUCUUCCUUGGCAAUCGAUAUGCAGAAGAGAUGAGUUUCUUCUGCACUGAUUGAGUUUCUUGGGGUUAGGUGGUUCCCAGUUGUGCUCUUCAAGUUCAAUUUUGAUCUGAGUGUAAAUUUUAACCUCCUAAUUGUACUCUAAUCUACUCCAGUUCAAUUACAUUUAGAUCUAGUAUGAGUCCUGAGCUUUUUUACUAGUACUUGACCCUGGACAUUUUGAAAUCAAAUGUUCACUCUCUAGCUGCUGCUGCAUUA